UCACCAACCCUCCGUUCUGUUGGCAGCAGUAAUUUUAACGGACCGGCCUGCUGGCAGUGCUGGCGGAUUUAAAAGUUGAACUUGUUUAUGCUUGAUUACCUCGCGGCUCGCGGACGUACGCACACGAGAGCGUGAUUGCUGUUUGUAAUUCAACGAUGAUGCCACUUUUAUUUAACAUAACCUGAUAAAGAGAUCCACUGGAGUGUCAACGUGCAGUGUGAUAAACGUAAAUGUGCAUCGUAAAUCCCAUUGACCUUUUCUUUAAUCCUUCCUCGGAAUCACCACGUGUUCGGUGAUUGUGUUGACAUCGUUUCUUCUCUCCUUCCGUGACCUAUUUUGUUUACUAAAAAUCAUAGCUGUGGAAAACCUUGAGAUCUACAAAGUGCUAUUCGUGAAAAAAUAGCAGGAGAGACGUUAUUUUAGAGGGAAAUAAAAAAAUAAGAGAUUGAAAAUGACGUCUGCGUGGUACACGAGUAACUCCGUGUACGAUUCGCAAAACUUUAAUUUACGACUCUCUGAGGGCUCCACCGAAGAUUCUUCGCUGCAACGAUUUGCUACGAGCAAGAGAACGAAGGACGACGAUGAUAUUAUCGUGAUUAGCGACUCCAGUAGUUGUAGCUCGUCCCCCGAAGUGACACAGAGUGAUGCGAAAUCGAAAUCCAGCUCGACUUCUAAUGUUAGGAGUCAGGAAUAUCGGAGGCUAUAUUUCUUCGAGACUUCUUCAGAGAGCGAGCAAGAGAGGAAGUCCGAUUCAUCGUGGGAAGCUGUCAGAUCUGGCAAUGAAUUUUCAGUGCAAAAGAAAUCUAAAAAUAAAACUGUUAUGCAAGUAAAUAAGGUACCUACAGAGACGUCGUUAAUUUCCAACGAUGCCUCAUCAACGUCUGAUAGAUUAUUUGAUGCUCUACUAGCUUCUAAGGAUGUCUUAACUAAUAACAAAACUGCUACCAAUAGCAGUGUGAGCCAUGAUAGAGAUCAUGUAAUUAGACCUGCAAGAUUCAUCAACGAUUCUCAGAGACAUAUUAACAGAAGUCCCAUAUCAAGUACAGAACAAGUGGAUUCGAAAUUAAGAGAAAAAUAUAACACUGAAAAGACAAGUAAAGCAAUUAAACCGAACUGUGCCAUAUACAAUAGUCCCAGUGUUUCCAGUAGACAUCCAACUUACAAUACUCCAAAGCAGGAUAGUACAGGAAAAAUCAGACUUACAAAGAAAGACACGCACCAAAUUUUGAAGAAUAUAAAGUAUACGCAAGUCGUGUACGAUACUCCCAGAGAGAAGAAAGAGGAACAUGUAAUAAUUGACGAGAGUACAGAUAUAGAGGAUGAUAUAAUGCAUCCAGCCAUAUCACCUACAAAUUAUAAUAGAAAAGUACAGCAUCUCAAUGAUAGUUCUGACGUUGUUGAUUCCAGCCUUAAGAAUGAUAUCUUACGAACGGAUUUAUCUGAACCAUCCAAGCCAAGUAUUGAUGUAUCAAAGGUAAUGGAUUCUUUUAGACCUCUGUCCGAAAAGAAAAAAAAAGAAAUCAAGAAAUGGCUUCUGAUGAAUUGCUCUGAUUCUCAGAGCGACAGCUCCUUGAAUACCAUACCUCCAAGUACUAGAAACAGUAACUCUGGAAACAGCAGCCUGGAAAGAUUGGAGCAGAACUACGAAACUCCAAAUAAUAGAGAGAAAAUCAAUAAGACGCGAACGGACGAAAAGGAGAGGACAAUUGUAAACUCUGACAAAGUGGUUCAUUCAUUCUUGACGCGUCAAACUACUCUGGACCAAUAUUUGAAGAAAUACAAGAAUAAUUCUGCAGUGUGUACACCAGAUAAUAAACCAAAGCCUUUACCAAAGGCGCAGACUGAGAAAAAAACUUCCACAGUAGUAAAUACACUUGAAACUAAGAAAAUGGACUGUGCUGAUAUUUUAGAAAAACUGUAUGGUACAUCAUGGAGAGAUAAAGUUGAUGUAUUACUUCCAACAGAACCACGGAAGACAUCUGAUCAACCAAUAAAUAGGAUUGUCCAAACAGAACGGAAACCUGUAUCAAAGAAUCAAUAUCAUGUAAUAGAUUCGGAUUUGGAUAAGUACAGGACAUCGUGGAGAGAUAAAACCAAUGUAUUACUUCCUACAACAGAACCACGGAAGACAUCUAAUCAACCAAUAAAUAGGAUUGUCCAAACAGAACGGAAACCUGUGUCAAAGAAUCAAUAUCAUGUAGUAGAUUCAGAUUCGGAUGAGUCUGACUUGGUUGAAAAUGACAUUAAAUUAAAUCGAGGAAGAAAUAUCCAACGAAAACAAAAAGAAAUGGAUAGUUUUAUUAAUGAUGAAUCAUUAUCAGGUAGUGAUAUUGAAAGCCUGUAUCACAGUGCAUUGACAAAUCCUACAGCUUUUACAAGUAGCACGACCAAAUCCAUGCCAGUGCCAGCGUCAAUUAAACGGCUUCAGGUAAUAUGUGAUACGGAUACGGAAGAUGAAGAUGAUAAAUCCAGCAGUCCCAAAUAUUUGCAAGGAAGAAAAUUAUCGUUCAGUGACGAUGAAAGUUCUAGCACGAGCGAAUUUGAUCCCGGAGAUUAUGUACCGCCGAAAUACAUACGUAAUAAAGACGUUGCCAAAAAACCAAUAUCACCCAAAGCAGCACCUAAAUUUGAAUCAACCAUGACUAAGUCUGUGGGAUACAAAAGCUUUCUAGCAUCUUUGUCAGAUACAGUUCCAAUGAAUAACGUUCAUCCGCAUGCAAAAAAAUACAGACUGAAUUACAAGAAAAACAAGGAAGAGUUAAGUAAAAAAUUGUACGAACUGUACAACGAGAAAGUAUUUGACAAUAAGUUACCUCGAAAUAUGUUGCUUGAAUGGGUCGUCUCUCUGAGAAAAACUGCCGGAAAAUGUUACAACCGAAAGUCUGUAAAGAGUUUUAGUGGUACUGUUAGAUCUUCAAGGAUUGUAUUAGCAACAAAGAUUUUAGAUACGCCAGAUAGACUGAGAGAUACUUUGAUUCAUGAAAUGUGUCAUGCCGCAGUGUGGCUAAUAGAUGGUGAUCAGGGUGGUCACGGAGUUUUUUGGAAAAGAUGGACUAACAAAGCAAUGAAGACAUUUCCUGAAUUGCCACCAAUUACCCGAUGUCAUCGUUAUAAAAUUAAGACUAAGUUCACGUACAGAUGCAUAAAUUGCGGAUACAGCUUUGGGCGGCAUUCAAAAUCCUUGGACCUUGAGAGAAAGCGAUGUGGCCGUUGUCAUGGAAAGUUUGAAUUGUUAAUUAACAAAACGACAAAGUCUGGCACCGUGCAAAUGCAGACGCCAAUGAGAGAGCCCACCGGUUUCGCGCUUUAUGUGAAGCAGAAUUACAACUCGGUGAAAAAAGAGAAAAGCAAUAUCAAGCAUGCCGAUGUGAUGAAGCUCUUAGGUCAGCAGUUUUCGGCAAUUAAAAUAGCAAAGAACACUGACGUAGCUACUUAGCUAGCAAUUAGAAGACUGGCUAGAGAUCAUAAAUAUCAAAUUUUUAUAAUUCUAAUGUUUUAUAAGCGAGUCAAAGAAUGCCGUGUACAAUUUGUAGUUUUAAUUAACAUGCAUUAAUUUUGGAGCAGGUUUUAAAGCUGAUAAUUGUAUGUAUUUUAGAUUUUAAUAUUUUUGCACAUUUUAUCCUAGAGAUCAUAAAUACAUGCAAUUACGGUGUAGAUAUUACAAGAUAUUAUAUUUUGGAAGACUGAUAUUUUUUUACUAUUACAGGCACUGGAAUGUGAGAUAUUUUAUGUCUCACAUGUCACAUCUAUAUGUAUGCUUAUAAGAUAUAAUAUUUACAAUAAUGUAAAAUAUUUAGAUUUCUUAAAAGUUUAUAAAUGAGAUAUGUUGUAACAUAGAUCGUGUUUAGGGACAUGUACAAAUACUUAUAGGUAUACUAUAUAGGUAGCAACCAACAUUUGUAACAGUAUUUAAACCAUGACGACGAUAAAGUGUCAUUCUCAAAGAGUGCUACUUUGUCAAGCAAGGACCUGUAUUAAUCAUCUUAAUAAAGUUUGAUACGAGAUUCUCAUAAUA